UAUCUACAGGGUGCCGAAACAAGCCAAAACAACAAUAUUGAUUCGUUUGUCUUGUCUCGUCUCUGGCGAUAUCCACUCUUCAAGGCCUCCUUUCCUAACCAAACCAUCCACUCACUGGCUAUACGUGCUUUAUUUCUUAAUACCCACAUCCGUUUGAUAAUUUUUCCAACAAAUCUAAUAUCUUCCUUUUGAUCCAGGAACGAUUGUUCCCAAUCUCCCGAAGCAUAAUUAGCCUAAACGUUUACCACAACGAUAAGGAAAUGAUGAUGAUCAUCUUAGCCGAGUUGACAUUCAUGCCCGAUUAAUGCCUGUCUGUAACAAAAAUGUCGUUCAUUCGACGCAUCGGAUUGCGUUGGUGGAUUUUGGCCUCCACGGCCGCCAUCAGUCUUUGGAUUUGGAUGGUCUGGGCUCAAUCUCAACCCGAUGUUAAUCCAGUCUCUCUCCAUGUUCCCAAAUCUCACCCACCGGCCAAUCCUGAGGCUUACAGAAAGAGGCCCGAGUCGCUCCGCCCAUCUCCGAUGUUGAAAGAGAUCAAAUGUGAGAUCAACACUCAAGUGUAUCGCAAUAUUGGUUGGUCCGAGUCCUCUCAGAUGCAGAGUGUGCCUUGUUUGCUCAAAGAACGCUCUCAAGAGGUCUUUGUGCCCUUCAAAUUCGUCCGCAAGUAUUUUGAUAUCUACGGGGAGAUUUCGUCCGAUCACAACCGUUCAUGGCUUGAAUGGUCUCAUUCGUAUUCCAAAGUUUUUCCCCACUUCAAGGACAAUCUUUAUCAAUCCAAUGGGACGUUCUUGCAGUUUGGAUCGUUUGAUGUGGAACAACGGCCGCGGGUUAAAUGUGUCAGCGCAUCGGAAGGCGUCCCCGUUUCUACCCAAUGGGACAAAGCCGGUUAUUACUAUUCCACCCAAAUUUCGCAAUAUGCCUUGUCCCAUUGGUCCAAGGCCAUUCAAUCGUCAUCCGCCCAAGACCGACGGAAGCUGGUCUACGAGGAUGGUCUCACUCAUUUCGCCAAUUGGAAAGGCGACACCACCCGGGUCAUGAGCCUCGAUUGCGUCCAUUUUGACUUGGCUUCAAAAAUCCAGCUUUCUCUGGAGAAAACCUCAGAUUUUGUGCUCAACCUCGACCUUCAGUUCAAGCAAAAUGUCACCAUCACCGUGACGGUUAAAACGCCCAAAAUCACUUACGAUGUCAAAUACGUGAAUGAAGACGACUUCAUUCGACGUGAGGGCAACCUUGUGAUCUUGGGUUAUGGAUCUGAUCUCAAGGAAGGAGAGUGGAAGCAUUUCACGAGGGAUGUUCUAACCGAUUUGUCCAAAGGCAUUUCUAAGAAGAUGUUCGAAAGAUUCCGCGGUUCUAGUCAAAUUUACUUGAGCGAUAUUGCUUUGGAAGGUGUGGGGUGUGUCACCAACAUAUCUCAAUCCCAUCAGGAGCAUCUGCAGAUGUUCUACACCGGUGCGAAUUGGCUCAGGCAUAACCAAGACGCUCAAGGGGGCUGGCCCGUGAAUGUGGUGUUCAAUCGAGAUCACACCAAGUAUAAAUUUGCUGACGAAAUCCAGCCUGGCUGGUACUCGGCCAUGGCCUCUGGGCACGCCCUUUCGGUACUAAGUAGGGCGUUUGCCGCCUCUAGGGACAAAAAAUACCUAACGACCGCGCUCAAAGCAUUGAAGCCCUUCAGUGUUUCCAGUGAACAGGGAGGAUUUAGCGCCAGGUUCAUGAACAGCUAUACGUGGUAUGAGGAAUAUCCGACCAAUCCUCCCACUUUUGUGCUCAAUGGGUUCAUGUACAGUCUGCUGGGUCUCUAUGACUUGAAAAACACACUGGAGAUGUACGGCUUUGGUGAUACAGACGACUUUGGAAAUGUUUCCGAGCUUUGGCAAAGCGGGAUGAGGUCUCUCAAGGCUCUUUUGCCGUUAUUCGACACGGGAUCUGGAUCAGUUUAUGACUUAAGACAUUUUACCAUGCAAAUUGAACCCAAAAUCGCCCGAUGGGACUAUCAUUCCACUCAUGUUAAUCUCUUGUAUAUCCUGUCCACCCUGGACCCAGAUCAGAUACUAGCGACAACUGGUGACAGGUGGCGGCAAUACAUGGUUAACCAGAAAGCGCGACACAAUUGAGCAGUAUUCACCAAAUCUUGAGCAAUGGGCUACUUGAGUUAAACUCGCCUAGGCUGAAAUUCACGGACCUUCAGGAUUUAAAGAAAUGCUUGAGUGGAACCUGGUGUUAACGUGACGUCUUGCAACAAGUCUACAUGUAGCCAAUUCAUAGUGCACGAUAAGUUCAAUUUGACCUUUGAUUAGGGUUGUUUGGUUCUUUUGGAGCAAAAUAGCAGUUCAUAGAUUGCAUGCAUUAUCGUCACCGUUGAUGUCAAUUUAAUGGCAAACUAGCAUUGUGAUGGUAUUUGUAAUUGCUUAUUUUGCUCCAAUAUUUGUGAUAUGCUUUUUCAAUUAUUGUGAUAUAACUGAUAGUUUUACAAAAAAAGUCAAUGAACACAGAACAAUAAAAGUGAAUAUCCA